GAUAACCCCUCGCUUAGUGAUGACGAUAACGCACUUCAGCAAUUCGAGAAAACAGUGAGUAAGAAAGGCAAUCGUUACGAGGUGGGUUGGCCAUGGAAAGGAGACGAGAAGACUUUAACAAAUAACUAUGGACUCAGUAUGGGCAGAUUGAAAACACUGCUUAAACGAUUACGAACGGAUGAAACAUUAUUCGAAAGAUAUGAUGAGACUAUCACAAAACAAGAAGAACUAGGUAUUAUUGAAAGAGCAGAUCAUUUCAUCCCACAACAUCGACCCGUCUACUAUAUUCCUCAUCAGCCAGUAAUAACACCAUUCAAGGCAACAACAAAACUGCGAGUAGUCUACGAUGCCAGCUCAAAAGCUAGCAAGAAGGAGGUCAGCCUUAACGAAGCCAUAUUCAGAGGACCACCAAUUUUACCCCAACUAUGUGGUAUGCUGUUAAGAUUCAGACUCUCGCCAAUCAUCAUCACCGCAGAUAUUGAAAAGGCGUUUCUCCAAGUUUCGUUGAGGGAGGAAGAUCGAGACACUACUCGCUUCCUAUGGGUAAAAGAUCGCAAGUAUGAUGUGUCAAAAAAUAAU